GUGGGCAAAGCCAAAAUCGAAACAAAUAGAGAAAUCCGAACAAAAAUCGGUGCUUGUGGCGCGAAUUACUCCAACAGAGAAUCAAAAAGUGCAUCACGAGUGCGAUACGGAGACACGUUCACUUUUGGUUCGGCAGGCGAGCUAGCGCGCUGCGAUAAUACGAGGCAAACGCGCGAACGCUUGCAAGGCUGUGGGAAGCAGCAGCAGCACCGCUUCGCUACGAGUGUAUCCUCGCGCCGAUGUUGCUUUCUUAUCACAGCAGACUACAUUUAAAAUUUCCACAAUCAUGAGCAUCUCGACGAAGCAAGUAAAUCCUACGAUGGACAGGGAUGAUCGCGAGGUGGGACCCACUGCUUCCAAUGCCAGCAAUCUAGAAGGCGAUGUGUUAUCCGACGACGCUUUGUACGGUACGGCGGGACCCGCGAUCAAGGCGGCCACACUAGCAGAAGAUGUUUGCUUGCUGAGUGACGAUGAAAACAAAAUUCUGACCACACUCGAACCAGCUACGAAACGUUCGCCGGAAGAACCCAAACCCGAUCGACGUUCAGAUGCCACGCCGAAGAUUUCAAAAGCAACAUCGCAGCUCGCGGAUAAGCAUAAUACGGUCACGAAAGAGAAGAUCGCAGCAAAGCCAUCUACGGAACCGGUGCAGGAUGGUGUAAAACCAGCGAUACAGUUACCUUCGAAGGAGGAUCUGAUAAACAAGAUCCGCAGCCGGUUAAGCAAAACGUUGGAGGUGAAACCGGUGCAUCCGCAACCGGCAGAGGAGGUCGUCGAUACAAGCGGCAUUAUCGAGAUCCCGCCCGAUCUCAUACUGAGUACGGAAAUUCCGGCAACGCCGGUUGCUUCGACAGCAACGAAAGAGGCCGAACUGGAGGACCACGAUUUGAUCGCCAUUCUCGAGGGUAACGAAGUGCAGAUACGGCGGGCAGCUGACAUCGGUGCAAGCGACGAGACAAGUGUUGCCGAUGACUCGAUGAUGUUCGAGGAGAUGCAGAUUGUAAUUGUGAACGGUGAUGAGCUGCAACAGGCGCAACUGGAGCGGGAAAAGGAAAUAGCUCGUCGGCAAAUGGCGAACCUCCCGCCACCACAGAAGAGAGGACGACCAAAGCAGAAACCAGAUCUUGCUAAAUCAGGUACGGAGCGACCAGCGGUGAAGAAGUCAAAUGAUUUAGCAGGACCAGCCAAGGGUACAGCGGUUACAGAACAGCAGCAACCGCAGCCGCAGCAGCAGCAGCAGCAGUUGCUGCAGGUGAAAUCGCAGCAGGUGACAGUACUGGGUCAAACGACGAUACGGCCUAUUCCAAAGAAGUCGAGUUCACCGGUCGCCGUGGUAGCAAAGUUAAAGGAUGAGUUUGUGAAGAUAAAAAGUGAGGAAAUAUCGCCCUCCAAGCCAAAAUCCAGUAUCUUACCAACGGUGAACAGAUCGUUACUGAAACCAGCGGCACAUUCAGCUGAUACGGUGGACAAAAAGUUGGUAAAACUAUCUAAACCGUCUCCUGCCAAUAGUGCUUCGCCAGCGACCGGGACGAAGAAAGAUUUGAUCGAUUCGCUUGUAUCGGACUGGGAUGACGAUACGGUCGGAAACGCUUUGCCCCUUAAGGCUGAGAAAACACAAUCGACUGCCAAACCUUUACCGGAACGACCCGCAAUCGUUCAGCAACCUAGCGUUCCGGAACAGUCAGCAGCAGAACCACCGAAACGAUUGGUUAAGAAGAAGAUCAUAUGGGAUCCAUCGGACGCAACGGUACCGUUUUCGGUGCUAGUGAAAUCGAAUCGCUCGGAAGUGCCAAUCACUGCCGGUGGUAGUACGCCAAAGAUGCACCAGGAAGGGUCUAUACGAUUCCGAAAGCGUGCCGAUUCCGUCGCCGUGCACAUGAUCGAAGAUCGUUCCAAGCGCGCUCCAUUCGUUGUUUCGCAGCGUAAGCGCGCGAUCACGCCCGAACCGAGCAAACCGAAGGAUGCUGCAAUGAUGGAACCACCGGUCCCGCAAACGACUGACGCAAAAGCGUCGAAAAAACGUAAAAAUGAAAUUGAAAAGUUGCUCGGGGAUGAGGGUGCCAUUAAUAUGCUGUACGAGGUCGAGUGCGAAACGACGCACACGGAUCUGCUCAAGGGUGCCGCGGUCGAUACGAGUGACGAGGAGGAGAAAUUACAGGCGAAAGCGAAAAUUAUCACCGAUGCAGUUAUCAAGCAGGGUAAAUCUCCAAAUGAGGUGACUACUGUGGCCGGGGUUCGUGUACGACCGAAACGUGCCCCAACACCUUCCCCGGUUAUACCGCAGACGAUAGGUACGAACAAAGGUAGCACCAAUGCCCUGGCUGACGCUCUUCCCGAAAUCAAGGCAAAGAAAACUACAAGUCCUAACACUAGUGGUAACAACGGUUCAGUGAAACCUAUUCGUGGGACCGCCACCGGGCCAGGCAGGAAGAGAAGAAACACAUCGGCCACCAAAAACUGGGACUACGUGUACAAUGCACCGGGCGGCGAGGAUGCGAUGAUCAUACGUCGGCGUUCGAACAGUUCCUAUUCGAGCUGCGAUAGUCCGCGGCGGUUAAGUGUCGAAUGCCUACCGGGACCAGAUGAAACCGUAAAGUCAUCGCCGCCUAGGGAAUCCAAAAAGAAGUCCCUCGACGAUGAUGAGGAUGUGUUUGCGAAGCCUACUAAUACUGCUACACCAAAGCUAGUACCCAUCGUGGACGCCAAGCUGUUGAGUAACAUGAAGGACAUUAUGAGUAAAGCGUUGAAGGGUAAAAUUGUGAAAACGGAACCACCGUCAGAACCGAAGGAAGCUGAACUAAUGACUUCUUCCCCACCGAGUGACAGUAAGCCGGUACCAAAGAAGCCCCGUAUCAAACAGGUACCAAUGCGGACGGUAGCGUCGGUAAACGCGUUCGAUGAAAGGUUAAAUAAGUGCAUAGAGCAGCUGAAGCAAAUCACAUGCUCCAAGACUGGACCCUGCGUCGAGGUGAGGCUCAACUCGCGUGGAGUUUUACCUCAGGCGGGUAAAUACAAGGAACCGCUGCAGAAUGUUUUCUCCUGUACCGUCAUGAAGGAGCUGACAGAGUUGUUUCCAUUGCUGGAGAAGGAUUCUUCCAUAAAGGCGGUGCUGCUAUGCUCAGAGGGAUCUGAUUUUAGUCGUGGACUGGACAUCGGUCAUCUGAUUCGGACAGAGGGGUCUGAGCUGAAGAAUGCCACACUGGAGCUGAGCGAGUGUCUCAAAAUAUUCCUGAAAACGCUUCUCUGCUUCACCAAACCAAUCGUAGCAGCCGUGCAGGGCGAUGUGCUCGGGCUGGGCGUGAUGCUGUUGCCCGUAUUCGAUGUUGUAGUUGCCCAGACUGGCACUAGCUUUAUGGCACCGUACGGACAGUUGGCCUAUCUUCCGGAGGGCCUUAAAGCGUUUUCCAGUUGUCGAACAUUGAAAUCAAAAGCGCAUACCGAUUUGCUGUUGCUGGGCAAACGGAUCUCCUGCCAGAACGCACUCGAUUUCGGGUUGAUCACGGAGCAAGUAGAACCAAAUCGCGUCCACGUCCGGGCGCAGCAGCUGACGAAAACGUUGGCCACCCAAUCCAGCCAGGCUUUGCAGUCGAUAAAAAGUCAUCUGCGGCAGGAUUUGCUCAACAACCUAGACGCGGUGCUGGCACAGGAGCAAAAGCAACAUGUGAAGCAAUGGGUAACGCCAGAGUGUCAGCAAAUGUUUAAAGAAUUCGUCAGCAAGGGAGGUGUGCUGUAAAGGCGAAAUCCUCGAGUAUUGGACAAAGUGUAAUUGUAUUACCAGCUGAUGGGUGAUCUAGGGAUCUAGCAUUUCCUUAUCCUCCUCCUAUUAUCAGUUGUUAAUUGAUCAAUCGUACGAAAUGUUAUUUUUUUCAAUUGUUAGUGAGGUAUUUUUAAAGAUGGUUUACAUCCAAUCGCAUCCGUAGAACCGUACAGUGCCUAGGUAGAGCCAGCUCUACCGUACCUGCGGGUAUGAUCAACAUAGUUUUGUUCUUCAAACCGCACCACAUAUCGGAUAACUAGGGCGUACACGUAGAAGAGCCUAUAGUUUAACUGUUAAAGUGCAAAUAUCGUAGUUUGAGUAAGCAAACCAUUUCUAAAUAAUAUUUUCUAUCAAAAGUCUAAUGAUUAAGCAUUACAUAUUGUUGAUGCAAAUGAUGAUCCUCAUUUGGAUUAUUUUUUCAUUCAUUUAGAUAGUUUUUUUUUCUUUUAGCAAAAAGGCAGAUUGUAAUAUCUGGGUUCUAGGUAUAAUAUUAUCCCGCGCGCAGUGAGAUUGGGCAGAUAAGGCAGUAAGGCUAGAGGAUAGGAAAGCGGAACAGGCAAUAGCCGUUAGUCCUUUCGAACAAUUAUGCUUUGCUCAAUAAACUGUACAAAGUGUUUGUUUAACAGUU